AUGAUCCCUCUCGCACUCCUCAGCCUGGCGCUACACAUCCCAGGACUCGCAGCGCAAGUCGAAGGCUCCUCGCCCAUCUCCUUCACCUCCAACGGUAACCCCAUCUGGUCCAACAGCUCCUGGUAUUCGGCCGACCCGGCUCCCCUCGUCGUCAACGACACCCUCUACAUCAUCACGGGCCGUGACACCGCACCCCCCAACCAGAACGCCUUCGACAUCAACCAAUGGGGCAUGUUCGAGUCCUCGUCGCCAGACCCCAAGGGCAGUGACUGGACUCUUCACCCGAACAUCGGAGUCCCGGAAUCCAUCUUCUCCUGGGCCAAGCCGGGAAGCGCAUACGCCGCACAAGUCGUGCAGGGCGCCGACGGUAGAUUCUACCUCUACGCGCCGGUCACCGAGGCCGAUUCAUCCAACGAAGAUCCCUUCGCCAUCGGUGUCGCUGUCGCCGACACUCCCACGGGUCCGUAUAAAGACGCGCAUCCGGACGGGCCGAUUAUCUCGCAGUCUGUGCCGUCGCCCGGGAACUCGAUCCAGAACAUUGACCCGACGGUGUUCGUCGACGACGAUGGCCAGGUUUACAUCUACUUCGGCACCUUCGGGGCUCUGCUCGGUUAUAAACUCGACAAGGACAUGAUCACCAUCAAGGGCGACGUGACCCGCGUCACCAGUCUGACGGGGUACUUCGAAGCGCCGUGGCUGAUGAAGCGCAAGGAUACCUACUACAUGCUCUUCGCGGCGAACAACGCCGGCGAGGAUUCUCCCUGCACCCCGACAUCCUAUCAUGCUUGUCUGGCGUACGGCACGGCCUCGUCCCCGCUAGGUCCAUGGACGUUCCAAGACGUGAUCCUCCCCAUUGUGUCGUCGACGACGUCGCACCCUGGCGCGGUCGAGCUGAACGGCGAGUGGUAUCUUGUGUACCAUACCGCGGACGCGGAAGGAGGCGGCCACUUCCGACGCAGCGUAGCGUUCGACAAGUUGACUUGGGACGACAGUGCGAGUCCCGCGAAGAUCAACACCGUCGUGCAGACUUUCGGACCGAAGGAGGGCCCGUCGGCGACGUAUAACGCGGCUCUCAAGGCAGUUGCGAGCUCCAAGAACGGAACCCCGAUUCAGUACUGGGUCAAGGCAUUGAAUGACGGGAUUGUGCGCGAGACUCCCCUGCCGCCGGAUUAUUGGUGUUCAUAUGAUGGUACGGACUCGCCGGGUACCAGCACAUUGGUGUAUACCUGGAACGAAACGGUCACGUUGAAUGGGACAUCGAUGGUGUUUUUCGCGGAUCAGCCGGCGGGCGCGGAUGAGGGGGUUGCGCCGCCGAAGGCGUGGCAUGUUGAGUAUAAGAAUGGGGAAGGCGAGUGGGUGAAGGCCACCACUAAAUCAGAGUAUCCGUUGAAGGUGACGGAUAGUCCCGACGUUGUGGGGUUCGAAGAGUUCGAGACCAAGUCGAUUCGUGCAAUCUUGACGGCUUCGGGCUCGGAGGGACAGUAUGCUGGAGUGGGUGUAAAGGAGUGGGAGGCGUUGUCGACUACUCUGCAAGACUCUUGA